AUGGAACUAAAACUAAAAUUACACAAUAAUGAAAAAUCUGAUAAGAAUGUGUUCAAAGCGGAGACAAAUGAUGUAGUGUUAAGAGCUCUUGCUCUCGAAACAAUAGAAUCCUGUUACCCCAGAGAGAAAUGGUUGAGAAUAUAUACUGACGGCUCUAAAGUGAAUGGAUGUGUUAAUACUGGUGCUGGUGUUUACUGUGAACUUUUUUCUUUUUACACCCCCAUUGGCAACCAUAGAUCAGCUUUCGAUGGCGAGAUUGCUGCCAUUUGCCAGGCCCUGUCACAGCUCCAGCCACAUUUAGACCCUUUUUCAAAAGCAGUUGUAUUAACGGAUUCAAAGGCUGCACUCCAAGCUAUCGAUACACCUAGCCACUCCCGAACUUUAACCACCGACAAUUGUUUGAAGCUCCUUAACCGGCUUGCCAGAAAUAAUAAGACAGUUGUUCUUCAGUGGAUUCCGGCCCACUGUGGAAUCCAAGGUAAUGAGAUGGCCGAUUUUUUGGCCAAAAAGGGAGCAUCGGUUUUUCAGAGAACCAAUCCUAAGCUUCCAUUUAGUAACAUCAAAAGCUUAAUAAAGAGAAUCUUUAAAGACACUUUUCACGAAGAACUCAAAAAUCGCAACAGCAAUAAACCAUGGUUUGAGCUGAUUCUGAAUGUCCCUAAUUGGCCUAGGAUGAAAUCUGUCGCCAUGUUUCGUUUAUUAUCUGGCCAUGAUUGCCUACGAAAGCAUCUCUGUCGUAUCAACGUGGUUCCUGACCCUUUCUGCACUUUGUGUGAUCUCCACGAAGUAAUGGACAUGCCUCAUUUGUCCAGAUGUCCUGCUCUCCCUUGGACAUCCAUCUGGGAACGCUAUUGGAUUGCUCGUUUUCAUUUAUAG